UAUAAUGGAGCAUAAAGUCUAUCAAACUUUAUAAUAAUGGAGAAAUGAAAAAAAAGCAUCGCCAUCAUUUCUAAGUCCGCUUCUCUUAUUUUUCCAUCAUCGUCUCUUCUUCAUUGAUCAUUUGAGUUUAAUUUCUUCUUCGACUAUUGAUCAGAAAAAAUAAUAGAACAAAUAAAGAUGGAUUGUUCUAUAUGUAGCGCGAUGCCAUUUAUUCUAAGGCCACCAAGAAAUACUAUAUGCGCAGCUUGUUAUGAGGGAGCUAGAACUAUAAUUACGUUGACUACCAACAAGCUUGAUCAUAUUGAAAAUGCAAAAGGAAGUGAUAAUAAAACAGUAACUGGAGUUCUUUCUGCUUCUUCAUCCAAUCCUUCUAUUAAGGGAUUUGGAAAUGCGUUGAAAUGGGUGAAAGAAAUGAAGGAGAUGGAAGAGGAAUUAAAGGAGAAGCUGAAUUAUCUUAGUGGUUUUGUUGUUGCCUUGAGAGAUCAUAUUCAUACUGAUAUUUUAAUUAAACCUGGCAAUGAUGCUCCUUGUAUACCAGCACAUAGAGCUCUUCUGGCAGCUAGAUCUAAUAUAUUCAAAAACAUACUGGACUCAGAUGGAUGUAAAGCUCCACCAAGUGACAACACAAUAACAUUGUCUGAACUAAACUACGAUGAAUUAGAGUGUUUAUUAGAGUUCCUGUACAGUGGAGAUUUGGCUAAAGAGAAGGUGGAAAAACACGUAUAUUCGUUGUCAAUUGCAGCAGAUAAGUAUGAAAUCCCCUUUUUGCAGAAAUUUUGUGAGAAUCAAAUGUUGGGAUCAUUGAACACAUGGAAUGCUCUUGAUGUUUUAGAGAUUUCUGAUACUUGUUCUAAUACGUCGUUAAAGGAGACAGCGUUAAACUUCAUUGUUAAGAACAUGGAGGAUAUUGUGUUUACACCUAGAUUUGAUGCAUUUGCACUAAAAAAUCCUCAUUUAACUGUACAGAUUACUAGGGCUUCUUUUAUAGACAUUAAAAAUACAAGGCUUACUGUUUGAUUAUAUUCUUCUGUUAAUAUCAGUAACUAAUUGUAUGCUACAACAAGGAAAUUGGCAAUUUAUACAAUAUUUCUUCCUUGUUAUUACUUCCAUAGUCUAAUCUGCUUAAUUAAUCUUGGGCUCGGCCCAAUAAAUUAUUUGAUCGACAUUGGGUUUUGGAGCUAGCUAGGUAGAGUACUUCAACAUUGGGCCUCAAACCAUAUAAUAGGCCAUGACAUUGUGUUGUCCAAGCCCAAAAGGCCCAAACCCCUUGUGUGAUGUUGGAACUUAAGACAUCAAGUUUCUUCAUGGUGGAUGUUUGAAAGUAGGGCUUGUUACGUAAUUGUA